GAUUGAUAACUUAUUACAUGAGAUCCUUUUCAGCCGCUGUGGACAAGAUGACCCCCACUUCAGGAGGGUCUGAGUCAAGCGAGCUCAUCACGUGUAUAAAUUGCAGACAGCUUAUCCAGCACAAACUGCAUAUCAGAUGUUGCGAAUGCUCAGCAACGAUUUGUAUAGAUUGUUUCUCUUAUGGGUGUGAAACGGGUUCUCAUUCUCGCGGUCAUAAUUACGAAAUAUGUGAUCCACUUGGUGGACGAACGUUCGACUCAAAAGGAAGUUGGGGUGCUGUAGAAGAGAAGAAGCUUUUGGCCGCUGCAUAUCGCUACAAGCUCGGCAAUUGGGGUGAGGUGACCAAGCUUAUGGAAACUAACCGACCCACCAGUCAAGUACAAGAGUACUACGAUCGUUUCUUCAUCCGUGGUCCAAUUGGACAGUUUGCGCUGAAGCGCUUGACUUGGGAGGAGACUAAGAGAUCCAUGCUGGCGGAUGGCACUCUAAGUCAGCAUGUUGAGGCUGAUCGGAUCACUUAUCUGCUAAUGGUUGAAGAUGCUCUAAAAGAUGGUAAAACCAGAUUAGAUCCUCAAAGUGCCAAUCUUACGAAUGAGAUUGAUGAUUUGGUUCACAAUCAUAUGAGUCGCAUGCAUUUGGAUGCUGAUGAGAGCUGCACUCAAGUCGCCGAAUCUGGAGUUCUGGAUGAAGUAGUUGACCUGGCUCUAAGCGAUGACUCUUGCGAUCCUUCCGAUGUGGAAGAGACUGACAAGAAGAUUCCUGAGGAUGCUUACUCUACGGGUCUUGAACCUGAAAUUGAUAGCGAUGAAGAGGACACUAAUAUGUCGACACCCUCACUAAGAACGAUAAAGGCGGGUAAUAGAACAGAGCACAGAAGCACACGAAAGACAUCGCGUCAAGGGAGCAUACAUUUGAGACCCAGCAAGGUGAGGGUGAGAUGCGGGUUGCGCAAAUCAACUCGCGAGAAAAGCAAUCGGUCAUCGCGUUAUAGGAGGGUCAUGCAGGACAGUUCAUCAACCGAUGAAGAAUCUGCCAGUGCGGACGAAAACGAGAGUAUGGAGACAGACCAGAGAUCUGUGGUUGACACUCACGAACCUACCCAUGGUCUCGAGAAAGAGCAUUCAACGGAUGACUAUACGGCCUCCGAAUCCGAAUAUACGAAAAGACCUUCUAAAGAGUUCAAUUUUAAUUCUAUGAAAAGGAAGAGACGAGCGAGAUUUGUUUCGAAAAAAGCACGACGACUUAAAGAGUUUCAGAAGCGGAUGGCGCGAAUGAAUAAAGCUGCUGAAUUGAGACUCAAUGAGCUAUCUGAACUCUGCCCAGCUGAUGAUAUUCGGGCAUUACGGGACACAAAACCAAAUUUAGCGCUGUAUACACAUGACUACGUUGCAAGACCAAAGGUCCGCCAGAGUGAUAUGGAUAUGUUGGCAUACAACGCUUCAAGAAACGAUUUUGAAUGGGAGUGGUUUAAUGACGCCGAACAAUUGAUCAGCCGCCUUAUGGUGCAAGAAUCAUCAGACAAAGUCGAAGAUCUCGAAAAUGACAUCAAGUUUGCUCGCCUUGAAAAGUAUAACAGAAUCUUGAAAGCGCGUAAAGCAUAUCGACGUGCUAUAGUGGAGCACGAAAAAAUCCCAGAGUUCUUCAGAUUCAUGAUGAACAUGACCAUGGAAAAGCGAAAAGCCAGUCAGAUUUUCGAACAACGCACUGCUUUGGACAAAUUGUUAGCUCGCGCUCAACAGUGUUUGACGAAGAAAGAGAUCGAGGAUCUCAGAAAUCACAUUGACAAGACAAAUGAACUCAUGGAUAGGAUAACAAAGCUUCAAGAUCUCCAGCGUAGCGGAAUCACCACUUUGAAAGAGGCCGUGCUUCUGAUGUCUAUACUACUUUGGACUCAUGCGAUUAUGGAGAGCCUGCCAUCCCUCGUUUUCCUCAACGUCGUCGUCGGGCUUUACUGCAGAUUUGCCAUCUCCUCGUCCUUGUUGGUGAUGAAGAAGAAACUUCGCUGCUCUGGCAAGCGUAAUGCGCAGUUCCGAAAGGAUGGUUUAACUUGCGCCUUGGAGAGUCGUAUUGUGGAAGACUGUUUGAUUAUAGAAGAAGUUCUCAUUCAAGGAAUAACGAAACCUUCCAUUAUGAAAAUGAGGUUGCAGAAUCCGCAAGUGCGGUCGAGCAAACCUCUCCGAUCAUUCAAUCUGAGGGCUCGUACAUUUCAAUCCGUUGGAGGAACAGGGAGCACUGCCAGGGAAACACACUCAAGUUUUGCGUCACAGUCCAUGCCGACUUAUCCAGUGAAUGUAGACGCUGUGCUAGGUGCUAAUACAGUUGAAGACAUAGCAGAUGCGCAUCCGGAUUUUGCCAGACUUUUACUCGACUGCUAUUCGGCUGGAUGCGAUCUGGAGGAGUACAAACGAGAGUUCCAGAGGCUGAAAAAUUUGCGAAUCAAACGGCAAGGAGGCGUCAAUCAAACGCUCAGUUUUUCCCUCUUCCCUUCUGUACCCUCAGAUCUGCCUGGUCACUUAUUCGUACGCCUAAUGAAGUUUCACUCGGUAUACGAAGGAGCUUGUAGAAAAUAUCUUUCGGAGGUGGUUAAUACAAGAGCGGAGGCAUCGUCCGCAUUCUCUUAUGACCUCUCAGCAAUCGGAGUUCAGGACCUUUUCCAAGGCGGCAUAGCCGAUGAUGUUGCCAUGGCAAACGUUUCCAUGCAAUACCCUCUGCAAGAAUACCAAUUCCUUGAACCCGUAGGUUUGGGCCAAGAACGAAUGACUGCGGAAGUUACUUAUUCACCGGCAUUGAACAGCGCUCACACGCAUAUGCGUCGCGUCUCGCACUCGUCUGCACGCGUGCUUGAUGGACAACAAGGAAUGACAGUAGGUACUGAAUUGGAAACCGCAUAUGUGCAGCAAGGGCACGGCUAUAUGUCACAGAAUACAAUGCUGCAGGGAGGCUCAGUAGAUAGACGCAUGGUUGCGACACCUCUGCCAUCGUGGUCAGUUCAGCAAACAUCGGUCAAUGCUGCUGACUUGCGCUCUCAAAUGGCUACUCCGUUGCCGCCACUGGAAAUCCGUCAGUGUCCAGUCUUGCAGCCGGGCAUGGCUCAUUCCCUUUCUCGCGUGGAAAGCAGGUCUAUGAAUACUCCAGUCCAACAUUUGCAAAGCAGAAUGUCGACACCUGUUGCUCGCGUAGAAAGUAGGCACAGUUAUAAUAUGGUAGCCGAGCCUCAAAGUCAACAGUACCAGCAAAUGCGAUCUGCUUCAGUCGUAAAUGCUUCAGGUGGAGAUAGUCGUACGUCUUUGACACCAUUGACUGGUUCUAGCGAAUCACUGCAUGAUCAAAAUUCCUCGUUCGCGACUCCAACCAAGAAAGCUAGAGCUCGCCGAAAAGUUGUGAUGGCUUCCGGACCAAGUUCUUCGCAGUCGCUGCCGGCCGUAACAUUACAAGGUUGUCAGAUGUCCGCGACCCCUAUUCCCGGAUGGCAACAGCAGCCAUCGAAACACAAUGUGACAGUGCUAGGACAAUCCAGUCAUGUACAAAACAGGGCUGUAAUGUCUGCUUCAGUGACUCCAUUGCAAAGGCAGUUAACUACACCUGCACCUGAUCAUCGUGAAAUGAUGAGUUCAACUCCCUUACCUGGUUGGGGAUCUGGUCAGAGUGCUUCCCAAGUUGAGCACAGUCCUUUAGUAUCGUCUUUGCCUCCGCUUUCCCAGUACACGUCAGCAGUCCAACAAUCGCGUCAGUUGAAAACUUCCUAUCCAGCGACGCAAGAUAGGCGGCUUGUAACUCCAGCGCCUCAGUCUUGUGAAGUGUUGAGUCAAAGUUCAUACGAGCAGCCACAGUUGUAUACGCAGUCCCGGGACAUCAUGACUCCUGCUUCGUUUGUUCGACCGGAUAGUGUGGCAGUUCAAUAUCCACAAGGCCAAGUUAUGGCUGGUUCAACGGAAUUAUACUCGCAGUCAGCUCUCCCCUCCUACCAGUGGUCGGAGGCAACUUCCAUGAAUGUUUAUCAGCAGGGUCAGUAUGUGCAGCAACAGUCCUACAAUCAGCAGUCGCAGUUUACUCAACAAAUCAACACCGGUAAUCAGCAAACGGCGUUUGCCUCGCAAUCUUCACAGUAUGCCAGUCAUUCUGUUCUUCCCCAGCAGUCUCAGUAUCCUCAAGGCACCGGUGGAGGACAAAAAGUAUCUGCCUUUUCGCAACCGUAUAACUACGUACAACAGUCCUACUCAUUACCAACCUACCAGCAACAGUCCCCUUUCUCUCAGGAUUCUUAUGCUGCAAGUGGCUACCCACAGCGCUCGCCGUAUGCACAGCAGCAACAACCGGCGGAACAACAGUCACAGCGAAAACAGCAAGCGCAGUCUCAGGCACAGCAGCAGAAUCAAACCAUUCAGCAACAACUCAGUCAACCGGCGCAGCAACCGCAGCACCAUCAGCAACAACAGACAAUACAGCGUCAGAUUUAUGAGAAUUCCGCUCAAUACACAGGGUUCAUCCCAACGUACACCACCCAAAGUGCUUGUAUGCAAGAUGUGCACAAUGCUUCAGGGACAAUGCAGGCUCAUCAGAUAACUAGUUGCGAGAUUGCUCAGCAUGUGCCUGAGAUCCGUUCACAAGCACAAGCUAAUUUCUCUCAAUCAAUAUUAGACAUUAGAAACUCUUCCACUGGCACUAUCGGUGAGCCUUUGCAAAAUGAAGAAGGUGUUACUCCUAGAGAAGCGAACGUGAGUCUUAACGACAGCAACUUCAACAGCAUAUCCGAAAAUCCUAUGGUGAAUACGCUAGUGGAAGAUGAAAUCACUUUCGGAGUUACUCAAGUGCCUCCUCCGCCUCGAAACGAUUCUGAAGCAACGGUCCCUGCGCGCGCAUCACCUGCUUCUGUCUCGCCAGAAUUCAUUGAAGGCGAAGAUGAGACAAAUUCACUCAUUCCCACCAUUUUCUAUUCAACCAAUCAGAACGAUCUGUCAGAUCUACGCAUACAAGACUCUCCAUUGGAAAAGGGUUUGAACUGUCAGCAUUUCCGCUUCGAUAUAAUUUUGGCAAUGAAACAUCACCGGAUUGGUAAAGAAGAUUACGAACGUACACUGCAGGAAUUAGACCAGAUGGAAAAAGAGAAGUGUGUUGGGCCACUGGGAGAUAUGCUCAUGAAAAGGUUGGGGCUGAAGCGACAAUCUCAGCAAAGCCAUGGAGGAAAGUUCAGCGUGGAUGAGCUUGUGGCUGCAUUUGCUGCCAACGCCAGUGUACGUGACCGCAGUAAGAAAAUACCGGAGCGUCGAGGAAGCUCAGAAUUAUUUAGCGAAAUUUUGAACGAGAUCGCGCAUCCGUCGUAUGGUGCUCCCUCGUUGGCGACUGAGUCAUCCGCUGCUCAUCAAUCGAACGAACCAAAUAUCUUACAGUCAGGGGAUGCGAACGAUCUUGGUUUCCUUCUCUCAGAUGAUGUAAUUGCUGAGUUUGACUCCAUGUCGAAAGCAGCGAAGUCUGCGCAGAUUGCUGAAUCUGUACCAUACAGCUCCAUUGCUCAGAAACAUCAGUCUCAAACUGGACAAACUGGAAUCUUGCAACAUCGCAUUGAGAGUACUGCUCAAUCUUCUUCAGCUGCGCGUGACCCGGCAUCUGCACAUCUUUCUAGCCAAAAGACUGCUAAGCACUUAGUAAGAGAUGACAGAUUGGAUCCACGCUCUUCGUUAUCCUUCGGUCAGCCUGCCAUUCCCGCACGCCGUUCUCCAGAUCACGAGGAUAUUUCGUCGGCACGGAAAAAGGAUGUCAUAGCAAAAAUUGGUCCGAUGUUUCCUUCCACUUCUAAAGGAUCGCGGACAUUGGUCACCUCUAUAGCUGCAGGUGGACGUAAUUUGCACGCUGAACAAUCGGUAGGAGGCAAGCAUACAGUAGAGAAAACAGAACGCAAGGGAGUAGUGACCAUUGGUGGUCCAGCAUUACCUGCUCGACGCUCUGAUGUCUUCAAUCAAGCAGAAUAUGAAGCUCUUUCUCCCGAUUCACCUGUGGUUAUAACCCCUGAACCACUCUCAGACGAGCCGGAGUGGUGGCGAAAGGAUGAAACGCAGUUCAAAAGUCGCACUUCUGGCACAGCUGCAGUUUCCGCUAUGAUGGGCACAGUUUUCAACCGCCAGUCAGUUGAUGAUCCGAGGUCUUCUGCGAGACUUGAGGUGCGCACCUCCGAAGGAAGCAAGUAUACGUCUGCUAGGAUGGAAGAGUCGUUUGCAACGCAGAAGUCUUCCUCUUCUGGACGUGCCGAUAUUAAAAAAACGCUAGUAAAACGUCAUGGAUCAGGCACUGUCCUCCACCAUGGUGAGACAUUAUUGAAUUCGGAUGUCGACGAGUGUGAGCCAAGCACGAGUAACUCGGACCUAAUCAUGAAGAGGACUUUGAAGAAAUCUAAGAAAUAUCUUAGCUCAGAUUCAUCAUCGGAAUCGGAUAAAGAUCAGUCUCCAUCAGCUGCUCGCUUGCAUUCGUCUGAAAAAGCGCGAAGAUCACAUUCACCUCACAGUUUUCGAUCCAUCUCUCCUAGCUCCACAAAGAGAAAGCUGAAAAAGGGUUCACUGGUAGUGAAGCAUGUGAAGGAAGCUGUUAUUAAAUCAGGCCUAUCCAAAAUGGAUCUUUCCCGUGAAUUGCUGGCAAAACAGAUUUCUGAAAUUAUUGAGGAAGAGCGGUGUAAGUUACCCCCAGAAGAAGCAAAGCAGCUUAAGAGACCACUUUCUCCCGCGACGCUAGAUGUUGUCAUCCAAGACCUAAUGCAGCAUCAUAUCUCCGAGGAUAGCAGCCCUAACCGGGAGUUGUUCGCAUCGAAACUACUUGGCACGGAUCUUUUUUCCAAGCUAUUCUUCCGCGCGGGAAGAUGCGUCUUCAAACACUAUGAAGAAAUGGAUGACAUGAGUAAGAAAGACAAAGGAAAAGGUUCCAGUCAGCGACGCAAGUUAGCUGGAUCGCGUAAGAGAGACACCGAGUUACUGAGAGGCAUCAGAAAAUCUCGUGAAAUCCAAAAACAUAGGGACGCGGUCAGAGCUGCAAGGGAGCCUACAGAAGCAGAGAAGGCUGCAGCUGCUGAAAGAGCGAAGUUGGAAGCCAUGCCGUGGUUAGCGCGAGCUACCUUCAAACCUAUAGUUCAACAAGGAUCCUCUUCAAGAUUUGUCAUUCCAAAAAAAUCUUCAGCAGCUGGGAAUAGUCGACAAGACAUCUCUCGCGAUUCUUCCAAAAUGUCACGUCAUAGCGACAGUGAUGCCAAAUACCAUCCUGAUAAAGGAAAAGAAUUAUCUGCUGUAUCUCAGAAAUCACAAAACGUUGAAGAGACUGAAAUCUUGAAAAGCAGUCGAUCGGCAGAAGGUCUUGACAAAGAGCGAGUGAUGUUUUUGAGAGAACAGAGGUCGCCAAAUAGAUUCGAAGAAGUUGCCGUUACGUUCUCCUUUGCAGUAAUUCCAAAGUCUGGGUUACACAAGGCCAAGGUCAAACAUAUAUGGCCACUGAAAAGAUGGAGAUCCGCGGCUAUAUCCUUAGAAGAACCUGUUGAUUUCUCUUCACAUCAUUUUGUUGAGGAACGCGAGUUUGUCACACAUAGUUCUGCAAGUGGAGGCAGUCAUAUGCAUGAAGAUGUUGCCGAUAGCGGAAGCAAAAUUGAACGCAAAAUUGAAGAAAAAUCUCAGCUCAGCCACACAGAGCCCAGUGUCUCAUCCACUAAAGCGGAGUGCGCUUCUGCGACUGAGGCAGAAUUAGCAGCGCUUGCUCUCCAGGAGGAGUUGUUCAGGAGUGAGCAAGUUUCUCCAGAUGACCAGUUUGAUGCCUUACGUUAUCUUGCUGCUAUGCCAGAGUCGGAAUUCCAAGUCGGUAGUGACGAGGCCGUAGCGUCAACUUCAAACGUAGUGCAAAACGAAGUUCUCCCAUCUAAGGUAGAAACCCCUGCGAGCAUUGCUGUUUCAUCUAAACUUUUUUCUCCUGCAAGAUCACGUGACGAAAAUCAGUUUGAGCAGGCAGACUGGAUGAGAAUUGAGCAGGUGCCGCAGCCAUUUUUUGCAGCUGAUUUCGACGCAGACCCUUGGCGCCUUCCACUUCCCACAACUGAGUCACUUACACCUAAACACGCUCUGGAAAGUCCUCAGACAGCGGCGGUGGUGUCAUCGUCCUCUCUCUACUCGACUCUUCAGGAAGAAUUAGAUAUAAUCGUUAGAGACACACUGGGAGACACGACCUACGAUCGCGUAAUUUCGAGCACUGAUGAGAUUUCGCAACUCAAAUCGGGGAGAUUUGAAUGGCCGAAAGCUACUGUACCUAUACGUAGUUACGCUUUGGAUGUUAUUCUUCCAAAACUUUCAUGCGACAAGUCUAGAAUCCCUAUUAUCGACAUGUGCCGUUGUGAACGGUGUCGCACCAGAUGCGCAUACUUCUGCGAUGAAGAUGAGUGGAAAUACCUUUACGAUCGUGCCGUUCUACAGCGUAAUAAGCAGGGAUCUACCGAUCAAAAUGAGGACAAUCUCACUGAAGAAAUGUGUUCCACUUCGUUCUCAGAGAAAAAAUCAGCUGCAGAUGGGACAGAGACGAGCCAAUUUGUUCGUGCAUACCAUCAUACUUCUGACAAUCUCGACCAGACUACGCAGGAGGCCGACGAAGUCCUCUCAGUAGCGGGGUACUUUUGCAGAGAUUCAGAUGAUCGUAUGGAUUGCUUAGGGAUAGUUCGCGAACGUGUGACUGAACAGCGAAGCGCCAGUUUUGCUCCUGCUGGCGUAUCCACUUCGAUAGCUCAGAAUUUCGUAAAUCAGUCCCGUUGUCGUGGUGCCAAAUAUCGAUGGCCCGUUCAUUCAAAAGUCCAUACUUCCGUGUCCAUGAGCAUUGCCACAACAUCUAUUGAUACACGGAUAAAAAGGCCAUCUGCAUGUGAGGGAAUAGACAAUAUUGUACCCGUUUAUGACAGAGUUUACGUCAGCAGCACCUUUUUUACUGAAAGUGCGACGGAACUCUUUGACUUCGAACGGAAAGAGUACCAAGAAGACGCGUACAUGUUAUGGUUCGAUUAUCAACGUGCAGUCGAACGUGUCUCUUUUUGCACCAAUGCAGAACCACUAUCUAUCCCUUUCUGUAGAGGAACAAGUGGUCGAAUGGACACUAGAAUUGUUCUUCCAAUCCGUCAAAAGAUAUUGAUACGGUGUUCAUUGAGUACUUUUCAUGAACCUUUGAGUAUUAUUCUUCACCGUGAACGACCAUUUGCUCGCGAAGGGAUUUCGAUUCCUUUGAUCACUAGGGAAGCCAAUCGAAUGAGUGUCGUCGAAGUUUGCCAAAGUAGUGUCAAACCUAGUUCCUUUGGUGAAACGAAAGCUACUAUAAAUGUUCCUCGAUCAUCUGCUGAUAGCCUUAGCAUCACAUGUGCGAAAGCGACGUUUGACCAAUCAUGGAUAGCAGAGAGAACAAUGCGUGGAAUAAGUACAGCGCUGGAUUGCUCUCGUUCAGAAAAAGUCAUGAUGAACAUUUCCCAAGUAGACGUAAGAAGAAGGAAACUCAAUACUUCUUUCUUCAAGGAAGCUGUCUUCGCUAUACCUAGAGCAGAGUCAUCGUCACUAACAUGCUCCACACUGACGUCAGAAUUUUUGCGAACUGCAUCAAGCGUAGCGGUAGACAUCUCACUUCCCCUGGUUGUCCAUGACUUCACCUGCUACAAUUCGUGUAUGCUACGACUGCAUAGAAGAAGACCAGGCUCUACAGGAUCUGCUGAAAUUGGACUUCCUGUUGCUCGAUCUAUCUCCGAAUCUCUAAAUGUGUGCGAACUCAUUGUUGAAAGAAGGCGUCGAGCGUUUUUCGCGAGCAUCGCAAUUUCAAUUACUAUACCUAGGAUCACCACCACAUCGCUCACCAUUAUCGAUGCAUCUAUAGAAAAGAAGUGCAGAAGUGCUUUGGAUUCGGUCGUAGGAGUGAUGCCCUUAGCACGCUUAGCAUACAGUGUUUACAACGCGAUGAAACUGAAUGUCCGACGCAAGAGAAUGGCACAAACCUCAUGCGCAGAGAAGAAGCUUGAAAUCCCGAGAACAGCUGUCGCAUCUUUCUGCUCCACCGAUCUAUAUGUAGAUUAUGCUCGCCCAGGAAUUCAGAUGUCGGUCGAAUUUCUUGUGCCAAUACCGCGCAGAGAAGACACCAUAUUGAGAAUUUCGCAGCUCAGAGUGAAAAGGCGCAGGGCACCGUGCUUGGCGGAAGUGGAGCGAAGCGAGCCUAUUCCCAGAAUCGACUUUACUGAAUUAAACGUUUUGGAGUUGACUACGUCUCGUCAAAGGAAAAACGAAGAGUGUAGUGUUGAGCUUGUCACUGCGAUCCCACGUCAUUAUGAGACCGCUGGUACGAUCAUGGACUGUCGGUUCGGUUUCACUCGUACCUUCAUGGACAAAAAGGCUGCCAGCUAUACUGUUGACAUACCUCGAGAAGAGAAAUGCUCAACGCACAUUUUGAACGUGAGGGUGCGACGCUCUCGUAAGCAGCACACAUCUCAUGUUUCUUUCACUUCAGAAUAUGCAGAUUCGGAUGCUUAUAGCUUAUCAGCCUUUGAGAGCAUAUGUCCGCUGACACGAAAGAGAGAGCCUAAUGAACUGGAACAAGAUAGCAUGGUUGUCGUCGACAUCCCUCGCGUUGAGACAGAGCAGCUUCGUAUCUCAACGCUGAAAACCUCGAGAAAGAGAAAGCUUGCUGCGGAAUCUACAACAUUCGUGAAGAAGUUAGCAUUAGAAGAUAAGGCUGACUUGUAUCUCACUGAAAGGAACUUCUCUAGCUGUGAAGAACGCUCCACAGAAGUGGUAUACAUCAAAGAUCCUAGAUUGCCAGAGAGAUGCUCCAGUACGUUCAUGGAAGUGUCCAACAAAUGGAGAACUUUCGCUCAUCAGCAUGUGUCCAAUCGUCCGUUCUCAUCACACAUGGUCACCCAGUUUGCAACAUUGCUACAGCGUGUGUUUUCUGGUGCUCUGAAUCGUGAAGCUAUCACAAUGCAGCAGAUUCAUCGGAUGGCAAGGAAUGCUCACGGGCGUUACAGUAUGGAUGUAUUCACGGAUCCUCAAAAAGUGCUGAUAUCUGAAUCUGUGUCUAGCAGUUUGUGGAAUAGCCUGAUCAAACUUAGAAUGCAACGGAACUCCACCGAAAUUUUGAAUCGCAAGGUUCUUUCUCCGUUGUAUCUGUUUCUCGGUAUACCGAAUUUGCCCCGGGUUGGAAGACCCUGGAGGAAGUGGCUCAAGCCUUUGGAGCCAACGAUAGAUUCAAAGAUUGGUUGGCAACUUGCGCUAUGCAUGAGAAUACCAGACAUCGUGGGCGUUGAUGAUAUGGACUACAAGCUACAAGCAAUCAAAAUGUGGUGGACUAUAAUGAUGUUGAAAGGGACCGUUCCCUGGUCUGUUUAUCCAUGCUUUUCUCGCAGGCAGCUAUUCCUUCUGGUCCGUUUACUUGAGAUGCUGCAGGAUGUCAAUAGACCACCAUUCUCACUUUAUCCACCCAAGGCAUUUUUCAAAGCAGUGAAGAAGAUUCUACGCCAUCCUCGAAUAGAGUUGAUACCCAAGGAUGUAUUCCAUCCAGAUGUGACCAUCAUGGCUACGCUGCUCAAGUUGAAGCCGAACAGGGUGUUCCAGCUAGAUCGUUCUCUUCCUGAACUGCUCUCGCAGUGGUUAGAUGAUAUGAACUAUAUUGACGCAUACCUAGCAUAUGACGUUGAUAUUGUUCCUAUUCCUCAGUCUAAAUUUUUGACAAUGACUGAGUGGGCAUGGGCUAACUAUAGCCAAGGAUGUGCUCUUGACUGGAUCCGCUACGACCGCACCGUUGAUCUCGGAGAUACUAUUGCAAAAUUGGUCGGUUGCCUCCAAGAUGUGACUUUAUCAUUCGAACAGCGAAGAAGGAUUUCUAUGCUGAAAAGCGCAUUGCUCAGUUUUUCCAAAUAUGAUGAUGGACCUGAUCUCAAUCAAGUACCUAUCGAUAUAAUCAACCCAUUUGCGUUGUCUGCUUCUUUGAUCUCAAAAAUCCCGAUGCCUGAUGGUUUUGUUGAUGAAUGCUUCGCGUUUCUUGCAGAGGUUGCGAAAAAGUCAAACCGGUUACGCCAAAAUCCUACAAGAAAAAGCACAGGAAGCUUACUAAGUUGGAAAUGGAAACCAAGCGAAAGGCUGGGCUUCGUUGGCAAGCCUACAAGCGAUGGCACAAAGGUCAUUGGCAAAACGACGAUUAGCACUAUCUUCGAAGAGUUUUGGCGACAAAAGUCAUUUUCGACCACUUCCAACAUUAGCCGGGAAGAGAGCAUGGCGUUAGACUCAUUCAAUCCUCAUUUAUCCACAAAUUUGUCAACUUGUCAGCUUAAUUCAACGAAUGUACAUCAACCCAAUACUUCAAGUCGUAUAGCCACAUCAACUCAACAUUCUCCUAAUACUGUACAGAGCGGAAUUACCACAAACACUGAAACGAUUUCGCAACCUGUCAAAGAACCAAAUCCACAUCCACAUAAGAAAAUCGCGAAGGCAAAAUCGCUACAGAAGCCAUCUGCCAAUGUUCCAACAAAUGUCGAGACGUCACAGACCGGUGAUCGCAAACGAAAGGAGCUGGUUUACAAUGAACACACGAGCGUGUACUCCCGUCCAAUGAAAAAAUCCAGGAUAGAGAGGAGAAAACGUGCGCGAGUCAGGGCCAGCGAUGAAGAUAGUUCACCAUCGGCUAAGCAACACAUGUUGAAGAUUCCGGAGCAUCGGCUUUCCAAAAUUAGACAUACAUUGGCCAGACGGGGAGUGAAGACUGAGAAAAUGGUUCAUGAAACUGUGUUAAGAGCUACCGCUCUCGCAACGGCUCAAAAAGCUGGUGUAUCUUUGCCUUUACGCAGAUCUUUAAAACGUCAGCUAGUACCGGAAUUCGCGCACACCACUGCAACAGAUAAAGAAUUAUCUUCUUCAAAUACUGGGAAAAUAAAGAAGAGCCGAGCUGCCACGUUAUUUGACAUAGCUAAUUUUGAAUACGUCCUCGAAAUGUCGCUACGCCGCCCCAGAACAUUUGUUAAUUUGUACAAGACGAUGAAAUACCAGUACAGGAUUAUCGAAAAACGUCGUUGGGUGGAGAAAAACGGAAAAUUGUACGAUAGCGCCCAGUUCGAUAAGUUCAUGAUGGAAUACGAUCAUUCCGAGGCGAAAAUGCUGGAAAAGGCGAAACUUCUGAAGGCUGAAAAAGAUAUGGAGAUGGUGCUGGGUAUUAGCAGGGCGGAUGCUAUAAGAAUGGAAAAAUUCUCUGUCAAGGAUAUCGCCCACUGGUAUGGCAUGAAUGCGAAGUAUGCCGGAGAAGCCAGAAUCCUCAUCAGCAAAACUUUGGAAGAUGCCAGCAGACUCGAUUCUGCCAUAAGGGAAGUAUUGAGGCAAGAAGAUGAUGCUGAAAAGCGUUCAAAGGAGCAAGCUUGGAAUGCCAUGUCAGUCAGAAUGAAUCCUGUUCUUGAAAGGGAUGCUUCGUUUAUGCGCGGAGUAUUUACUGAAAGAACUGGGACUCUCUCUGGGUUCGAUGGUGGAGAUAUCAGUGGAAAGGGUGACCUGAGCGGAUACGUGCUGUCGCAACCACGCAGUGGAGGUUUUGAAGACAGUAGAUUGCAAACAUCAACACUUAGCCUAUCGGGAACGAACGAAGGGAGCCUAUCGGGAAUGAACGAAGGGAAAGUUAGAAAUGGCGGAAAUGCGAAAGCCUCAGGCGAUGUGAUGAACAUACCGCAUUCGAGACUCCUACAGAUUUCUGAUGCUGUGAUCCCGCCUAUAUUCCACAUGCAAAGCCGAAUCCCGAUCACAUCCGCGUUUGUGGCCGUCUUGCUUGGGAUGAAUCUGGAGUUCAAAGCGAUUGUUCAAUUCGUGCCAAGGUUCAAGCGCUCUCGAAGAGUAGAUGAAGAGAUAGAUUUACUACCGCCUGGUGACUUCUCUCCAUACAGCACUGACGAUGAAUGGGAAGAAUAUUAUGAGAAGAAAGACCGUUAUGAGAACAACCAUGUGUCGCCUAAGCAACUAUCUUGGAAGUCCAGCGGACGUGCUGCCGAAGAGGACGUUAUUGAGAGUGCUUCGGAACCAGACAGGCACGAGCACUGUGACUGUAUUGUCGACCUAACACGUGUUAGGGAAUGGGUUCAAGACAUCGAAUGCUGUACACUUUGGAAGAGUCAUUCGGAUUGUGAUCUGAUACACUAUGGUUCCCAUGCAAAAACACUCUGGAAUAGCCUGCACCAGAUACCACGUUCCUCAUCAGCGCUUUCAUGUGUUUCGACGGGGAAGAUGCCAGUUCUCGACCUCAGAUCUAAUCGGUCUACAGUGUCAAAGCGUCAACGUCGCAUCCGAUCAAGCUCUCUUCCUACGAAGCUACACAAAUACAAUGUUCCAAGGUCAGCCUCUGUACCGCCUUCGUGGAAGUCACAUCCUGAAGCCGCUCCAGAAUCUGAAUCAAGGCUAAGCCUUAGUGAAUCUCGGCGCGAUCGUCUUAUGUAUCCGAGAAGACUUUCAGCCUGUCAUUUUUAUUCGUACGGUGCUAGAAACCUAUCAAGAAGAAGGCGUUUCACUCGAAAACAACCGACAACUAACCGCAUUCCCACACGGGGACAAGAGUUACCUGAGCAAUGGAUCAAGAGAGAAAAUUCAUGUCGUCAUGAUUAUUUGAAAGGAGUUCGUUAUCGGCUGCAGAUUAAAGCACAGCACCAUAUCCCUGUCGUUUGGUGCGUUAGAUCUGAGCACAACUCUUCCCCCAUUGAAGAAAUAGAAAUGGAUGAAGAAGUAGUGGAGGCACAACCCAUCAGAACCAGCGAACCACGCGAGUGCCCGUUGAAGUAUCCAAUCGCAGUGUAUAACCCACCACCUAACUGGAAUACUUUUAUGGAGUGGAAACAGAGAGAAAAACGUACCGUCAGUUUGUGCGAAAGCUUAGAUCACCCGACUGAGCCCUCGGCGUUUCAACGAGUUCUCCAGAGACCACAACCAAUCUAUUUGAACAGGCUCGAUGCGCUUCUGACGUCAGACGAUGAUGAAAGGGUACCAGAAUGGCCUCUCCUGAGGCAGCUUCGUGAAAUGGAGCGUGAACUGCUGGCCGCGGGCAAUCCUAUUGCAGUCGAGCGGCAGAGAAUCCGUGAGUACAAUAAGAAACUACGCAGAGAAGCACGGGAGAAGGAAAGUGUAGAAGAGAGACUUCGUUUGAUGCAACGUUUCUACCUGGAAUACUUCCUUGCACAGCAGCUGUUUUUGGCACAGGACCACGGUCUGAGCACAGGCGACAUCACCAGAACAAGGGACAAAAACACAGCGUUCAAGCUGGUCGCACACCAUGACGUUCCGUCCGGCGAAGAUGACGACGAAAUGAUUGAAGUUGGAUUUGACGAACCUGCGGAAGAAGAUGUUGCGCAGUCCUCGACAGAUGAUGAGUUUGAUGAUGAAUCAGCCGAUGAACAGGAAUUGUGCGCAGAUCCAAACCUGGAUUCGGAAGAUGAUUCUGUUGAAGUGGCUUUUUCUGAGCCAGAUGCUUCCUCACAUUCAUCACAUGAUAGCAUAUCAUUACCGGAACAAACUGGAGCCCCACCGAAUGCAAAAUCAUCAAGUUCACCUGAACUUUGAGCAGUGAAUUUUUUGGAGUACUUAAUUUCCUUUUUUUUCGAAGUUAGAUCUCUUCAGUUUGUCUUUACGACGUCUCUCACCUAUAUCUUAUGAUCUGAUAGUGCCCGUUGAAUUAAGUUGACUGUUGAAUAUUUUUAUUGUACAUAUUUAUCAAUUUUUGGUGUCACGCGUCAUGCUCUCCUACUACUGGUGUCUAAUAAAAUUUGGUACUCAUCUAUUUUUUCUUCACUGUACUCUUCUCAAAUUCUCCUCAUCCAAUGAGCUCUUAAUUACGUGAAACUUCUUUUGUUCCUGGGUACUCUUCAAUAAUUUUAUACAUAUGUUGUAUUAUACUGCAUUUUUCAUGCAUUAUUGUCAUCUCACCACUUUGUCUUGUUUUUCCUGAAAUGAAGCGUUGUUGCUGUCA